CACAACAAUCAGAGGAGCUCGGAGUGUCCCCUCUGCUCGACAUGUGCCCGACAAAUCGCGAUUCCCCGGCUCAUUUAAACUCUGCACGUGUGUUUGAGGAGGCCGGUUCCGUCGAGCCCCGUCCAGCCGAGUGAUGAGCGGCUCCAAGCCGGACAUCCUGUGGUCGCCCCACCACCCGGACCGCUACGUGAUCUGUGACUCUGAGCUGGGCCUGUACCGCAUCGGGCCCGCGGGCGGCUCAGAGACCAAGGCCGGCGCUCUCCCGCUCUCCGAAAAAACCGCCGCCACUCUGCUCGCCAUCAACUCCGACACCCCUUACAUGAAAUGCGUGGCCUGGUACCCGAAGGCCGAGCCGGAGUGUCUGCUCGCCGUGGGCCAGGCCAACGGCAGAGUGGUGCUCGCCGGCCUGGGCCCGAGCCACGACACCGCGUGCAAAGAGCUGGUGGGGAAGGAGUUCGUGCCCAAGCACGCCCGGCAAUGCAACACUUUAGCCUGGAACCCGGUGGACAGCAACCUGCUGGCCGCCGGCUUGGACAAGCACCGAGCCGACUUCUCCGUCCUCAUCUGGGACAUCAGCAGCAAGUUCGCCCCGGAGGCCGCCGUCGCCGCCGAGAAGAUCCGCCUCCCGUUCGCGGAGUUGGACUCGAGCGCGGUGGUGACCAAGCCGCUGUACGAGUUGGGCCAGAACGACGCCUGCCUGUCCCUCUGCUGGCUGCUCCGGGACCCCAAGCUGCUGUUGGCCGGCAUGCACCGGAACCUCGCCAUCUUUGACCUGAGGAACACCAGCCAGAAGACAUUCGUCAACACCAAGGCCGUCCAGGGCGUGACGGUCGACCCGCACGUCCACGACCGCGUGGCGUCUUUCUUCGAGGGCCAGGUGGCCAUCUGGGAUCUGAGGAAGUUUGAGAAGCCCGUGCUCACGCUCACCGAGCAGCCCAAGCCGCUCACGAAGGUGGCUUGGUGCCCCACCCGUAACGGCCUGCUGGCCACGCUGACGCGCGACAGCAACAUCAUCCGCCUGUACGACAUGCAGCACACGUCCACGCCCAUCGGCGACGAGGCGGAGCCCACCAUCAUCGAGCGCAGCGUGCAGCCCUGCGAGAGCCAGAUCGGCAGCUUCGCCUGGCACCCGUCCUCCCAGAACCGCAUGGUGGUGGUGUCGGCGGCCAACCGGGUCAUGACCGACUUCACCGUGUUCGAGCGCAUCUCGCUCGCCUGGGGCUCCACCACCUCGCUCAUGUGGGCGUGCGGACGCCACCUGUACGACUGCUCCGAGGACGGAGCGGAGGGAGCGCAGGGCGCCAUCGAGAGAGACAUCGCCACCAAGAUGAGCCAGAGGGCCCAGUCCAGGUACGGCCACGACACCGUCCAGGUGUGGAGGAACCACCUGCUGGCGGGCGGGAAGGACUCCCAGCUCAAGUGUCUGUGGUUUGAUCUGUUUUAUAUGAAGCAGUGUGCGGACGACGCGGAGCUGAAGCUGCAGGGGAACAAAGAGGCCGUGGUCUACUCCGGUAUCAAGAACAUCGUGAAGACCAGCUCGGGCACAACGGAGAGCCACAAGUGCUGGAGCGGUUCGGACCGGCAGUCCGACGUGCCGCGGUACCACAGCGAGGAGCGCUGCCUCGCCCUGCGGCUCUGCGGCUGGAUCAGCCGCGGGCCCGACAUCGACGUGGAGGUCUUCCUGCGAUCGCUGGAGCACGAGCGCGAGUGGGAGCGGGCGGCCGCCGUGGCGCUGUUCAACCUGGACAUCCGGCGGGCCAUCCAGAUCCUCAACAAGGGAGCCACCGUUGACGAGGGCGACCUGAACCUGAACGUGGUUGCCAUGGCGCUGUCCGGCUACACCGACGAGAAGUUCCUGUGGAGGGAGAUGUGCAGCUCUCUGCGGCUGCAGCUGAAGAACCCCUACCUCUGCGUCAUGUUCGCCUUCCUCACCAGCGAUACCGGAGCCUACGACGGCGUGCUGUUUGAGAGCAGCGUUGCCGUGCGUGACCGCGUCGCCUUCGCCUGCAUGUUUCUCAGCGACGCCCAGCUGCCUCGCUACAUCGACAAACUGACCAACGAGAUGAAGGAGGCGGGGAACCUGGAGGGCAUCCUGCUGACCGGUCUGACCAAAGAUGGCGUGGACCUCAUGGAGAGCUACGUGGACCGCACCGGGGACGUCCAGACGGCCAGCUUCUGCAUGCUGAAGGGUUCCCCGGGCGACGCGCUGAAAGAUCCCCGAGUGCAGUGCUGGAUCGAAAACUACCGCAACCUGCUGGACGCCUGGCGGUUCUGGCACACGCGGGCCGAGUUCGACAUCCACCGGGGGAAGCAGGACCCCAGCUCCAAGCCCCUGGCCCAGGUGUUUGUGAGCUGCAACUUCUGCGGCAAGUCCAUCUCCUACAGCUGCUCGGCGAUGCCCCACCAGGGCCGCGGCUUCAGCCAGUACGGCGUCAGCGGCUCGCCCACCAAGUCGAAGGUCACCAGCUGCCCCGGCUGCAGGAAGCCGCUGCCGCGCUGCGCGCUCUGCCUCAUGAACAUGGGCACGCCCGUCUCCAACUGCCCAGUGACGGGGAAGUCGGAGGAGAAGGGGGACCUGACGAGGGAGAACAAGCUCGCUCAGUUCAACAACUGGUUCACCUGGUGUCACAACUGUCGCCACGGCGGCCACGCCGGACACAUGCUCAGCUGGUUCAGAGACCACACGGAGUGCCCAGUGUCUGCGUGCACGUGUAAAUGCAUGCAGCUGGACACCACGGGCAACCUGGUGCCUUCCGACGGCAGCUAAACGGGAGACGCUCGUCGGGAAGCGAAGCCAGGAGCGGCGACCAGCCAGAAGCCCCCCCGGUGCACGCCGCGGACAAAGGGAGGCCAGCAGCAGCAGCAGCGUCCUUCUCCCGACGCGGCUGCUUGAAGAGAGCGACACACAAGCUUAAGAUGUAGUCUCGUGAAGUUAAUGUUAUAACGGAGCCCUGUGAGAAGAAGGCAGACGGUGUGUGUGUGUGUUAAAAAUAACUGAAUCAAUGAUGGGAAAAAAAGGGAGCAAAUGCAAACUCUACUGCUCCGCUAAUGUAAUACAAGAGGCUCGGCUUUAAUCGGCCUCUUCCCAUCUAACCUGAAUCAGGCUUUCUAGUUUUAUUGUGACCUAUUAACACAAAAAUGUCCACUCACACAUCGGGUUGUAAAGCUUGUUAUCGCAGGUGCCAAUGUGUGUAUAUUUUUCGGGCUUGUGUCUUAACACGCUAUUUAACGUGCUGUGUUUUGUCUUACGAAAAGGAUCUUCACAUACCUCGUGGAAGUAUUGUUUUGGGCAGGAAGGGAGGGAGGGUGAUGGAGUGGAGCGCACAAUAACCACACUCUUGCUCUCUUCGUGUUCCUCUGUGCCACUCUUCAUCUGGCAUUGUGUGUGCGUGUGUGCGAGGGCUUCCAGUGUUGAAGGGGUGGAUGAGGAAUUGGAGACGGGGGUGCGAUGGGUGAUGAGGAGCGAGAGGCGGGAGGCUUUCGUCUGUAUGCACCAGCCCACUCCAGGCCUGUGGUCCAUGAAAGAAGCUCGCCAGAAAACAGCAGCUGCUCGGCACUCUGACAAGACCCUCCAGAUUGUUCCCCUCAUAAAGAACCUCAGCUGCCGGAACACUAUUGACUCAAAGAGGAGGGCGAGAGAACACACAGCCUGAGCCCCCCCCCCCCCUUUACACCCUCCGACAUACACAGACUUGCCCUCUUUUUCUUUCUCCCUCUGCGGUGCCCAAAUUGCAACCCCAAAAAACUAUGCAUACCUCACAUCAAUCCAAGGAUGGGCGCCGUCUUUGGGGUAAGGGGGGGGGGCCGGCCGGCCGUGUGUAAGCCGCAUUGUAAAUGUUUUUUUCUCUCUUUCGCUGCCACUCUCCCCGCGCUGUCACUAACCCAGGGAGGCAUUGUAAGUGAGAGGCGGCCUGCACCAGAGCUGGCUAAAUCACUUAGUCAUGGAGGGAGGAGGAGGAGGUGGAGGAGGAGGAUUUGGGGGAGGGGGGGCCACAGGAGCUACUGUAUGCCGCUUUCACCAGGAUCUCUACCCGGUGGGAGGUUUCAUAGGCCUGCGUGCCCUUUUGUGAACUAUUUUGGAGUGGAGCUGACAAAUUGGCGAGCCAUGUAGCGUCCCGAAAAGUACAGGGUGGCUGGAAUUUCAUCCUUUCAGUGUUUCUUGUCUUGUUUUUGCCCCUUUAAAAAAAAUAAAGUCCGAAUGACAAAUUGGAGCACUGCUGAAUGGGGUGUUUUCCAUAAGGUUA